AGUUGUUAGUUUUGCAGAUUUUCUUUAUUGGAUUGCUAACAUUGUUUAGCAAAACCAAUGCAGAUUGCAACAAAUGCAAUAGUUAUUCCAUUGCUUGCAAGAAUUCGUCAACAUUUAGCAUUUGUGAAGAUGGUGCAAAAAUGUCUGAAAACUAUGGACAUUGUAAAACAGGAACAGUUUGUACUGAUCAAGCAACUACUUGCAUGCCAACAGGGGGCACCACUGUCGCAGCAUGCACUGCAACUGAAUGCAAUGAGUGCAUUGGAAGAUUUAAGUGCACGUCACAAACUACCUACGAUUUAUGUGAUUCGGACAAGAAAACAAUGGCAAGUGGAAAAUGUGAUAGUGGAAAAGUAUGUAGCAUUGCUUUUCUCAAUUCGGCAUCAAAAUCAAUAUGUGGAACAUCUUGUGAGACAACACCAACAUGUUCCAAUACUGAAAUAAUACCCACUGUUGCCCCAACCACAUCAACUGCGAAUUAUAAGGAGUCGUGUAAUGGUAUCACAGUUAAAGGCAACUAUGCAAUGAAAGAUGAUCUCCAAUGUAAGAAGUACGUUUAUUGUGAACCUACGGGUACAACUGGUGAUAUAGCUGCAAUUUUAUUAAGUUGUAGUGCUGAUACCUACUUCGAUGCCUCAAAACAAAAGUGUGUCGGUGAAAAGCCAAGUACUUGUACUUGAAGCCUAAUUAUUUCAUUCAAUAAAUAAAAUGCUUAAAAUAUGUAAAAUUUCAAUAAUU